AUGAGCUCAGGCUCAGAGUCCGACCGUCACUCUCUCCGCAUUCACAAAGUACUGUAUCAACACAUUCUUUCUCAUCGUGAUCUAAACUACUAUUGUACAUUCAUUACCCCUGAGGGGAUACAAUUGAAUUACAUGUAUUGAGAGAGUUUGGUGUCACGCCCUGGCUCUGGGACUCUUAAAUGUUGAGCCAGGGUGUGGAUUUGCUAUGUUUAGUUUUUCUAUGUUUUUGUUCUAGAUCGUUUGAUCUAUGUUGGCCAGGGUGGUUCCCAAUCAGAGGCAGCUGUAGCUCGUUGUCUCUGAUUGGGGUCCAUACUUAGGCAGCCUGUUUUGCACUAGUCUUUGUGGGAUCUUGAUCCGUAAAGGUUUGUUGUGUUAUAACCUCAGGACUUCACGUAUCGUUUGUUUGUUGUUUUUGUCGUUAAGUACGUUAAAUAAAAGUAUGUACGCUUAUCACGCUGCGCCUUGGUCCGUGUCUUCAGUCAACGAUCGUGACAUUUGGUCCCUAACUUCCACCAGUUUAAAGACCAUGUUUCUGUUCGUGGGACAGAUGAGAAAGACGCAAUCCUUGACAUUAACAAAAAUGUACUCAAACAUACCUUAUUUAACAAUAUUUGAGUAUUACCUGUGGUAACAUUGCAUAUAAAAUGCCGUUAUACCCAUAUUGCGUACUUUGGAUAUGGGUUUUGACAUGCACAUCUACAGACGGAUAUAGUGUCUUAGGUUAGGGAGGUUUUUUAGGGACGUAUAAUGUGUUCUUCUUGGAGUAGCCCGUUGAUAAUAUCAUGAUGAAUGAAAAAAAUAAAUAAUAAUGACAAGAGCGUCUGAUAAAUGACUAAAAUGUAAAAUGUAAUGAUGAUAAUGUGAUCAGUGAUACCUCAUAUCUCAGAAACUCAUGAACAAGGAAGGAUAUGGUGAUUGGUAUGGAACUGAGCUUCAUACUUUUUGUAAAAACAAAAACAUGCCUCUUCCAUUUAUUUUUAUUUCAUUCUUCCACCUUAAUUUUCCUCAAACACCACUUCUUCUCUUCUCUUCUCUUCUCUUCUCUUCUCUUCUCUUCUCUUCUCUUCUCUUCUCUUCUCUUCUCUCCUAUCCUCUCUUUCUCUCUUCCUCUCCCUUUUACUUUCACUCACACUUAAUUCCUCUCCUCUCUCCUCUCCUCUCUCCUCUCUCCUUUCCUCUCUCCUCUCCUCUCUCCUCUCCUCUCCUCUCCUCUCUCCUCUCCUCUCUCCUCUCCUCUCUCUCAGGUGCGUCGUCGGUGAUCAGUAACGAUGACGACUCAGCCUCUCCUCUCCACCACGUGUCCAAUGGCAGUAACACUCCAUCCUCCUCUGAGAUGGGCCUAGACGCGGUCAUCAUCGGCAUGACCAAGAUCCCCGUUAUCGAGAACCCUCAGUACUUCCGCAGCAACAGCAUGCUCAAAUCAGACACUUGUGAGUACAACAAGACCAUGGCUUAGACACACACGCACAGACACACACACACGCAUGUAUACACUCACACAACACACAUACAAAUGGCUUUCUUUUACCAACAGUUCCUUUUAAUGGGUAACAAGACAUAGCCUACUAGGCUGUAGCAAAGAAGAAUAGUUUGCAAACUAGGAGAUCUCAGAGGAUCUGAGUGCUGACGUCACCAUGAAUCUGUUGCACCAACACAUAGACGCCAUCUAAGAACCCACACCAGAAUGUACGUAUGUGCUGGUUGCCUUAGCAACACUCUCUCCGCUGCUAUGGAAAUGGCACUGGAGCUGCUGAUAAAAUGUGUUGAGUGGGACAGGCAGCGCUCCGUGUGUGUGUUUGUGUGUGUCAAUCCCACUUGUCAGCUGUGUAGUUGUAUCUAUCUAAUCCAUCAAAUUGAAGGUCAUGCCUCUUAAAGAGGACACAAGUUCCUGAGCAGAUGAUUUGCAGAGGCCUCUACAAUAGGAAUGUGUCUCUGUGUAGGUCUGAGUUACACACAGUGUGUGUCUCCGCUGUCUUCUCCUGUCUGGGCCAAUGGUGAGAGAGCUGUGGUCUGACUUGUGUCUGCAGCAAAUCACCAAAAUAGAUUUAUGAGCCCCAGAAAAACAUAAAAUGUCAGUCAAUACUGUACAGCUGUGUGUGUGUGUGUGUGUGUGUGUGUGUGUGUGUGUGUGUGUGUGUGUGUGUGUGUGUGUGUGUGUGUGUGUGUGUGUGUGUGUGUGUGUGUGUGUAAAUGUCGUAUUCAGUUUGAUGAAGAAGAGGGAAACAGUGUAGGUAAGGUAUUAUGUCAGGGGAGUGGGUGUGACUCUAAUAUCUUAGAAACAGAUCAAUAGCCUCCAUUAGUUUGUCCACUCCAUUAGAGUGGACAAAGCUCAUUAAGAACGAGAGAUACACGCAAACACACACACACACACACACACACACACACACACACACACACACACACACACACAGUGCAUUCGGAAAGUAUUCAGACCCCUUGACUUUUUCCACAUUUUGUUACGUAACAGCCUUAUUCUAAAAUGGAUUAAAUUGUUUUUUUCCCUCAUCAAUCUACACAUAAUACCCCAUAAUGACAAAGCAAAAAUAGGUUUUUAGAAAUAUUUGCGAAUUUAUAAAAAAAAUAUUCAGACCCUUACAUAAGUAUUCAGAUCCUUUACUCAGUACUUUGUUGAAGCACCUUUGGCGGUGAUUACAGCCUCAAGUCUUCUUGGGUAUGAUGCUACAAGCUUGGCAGACCUGUAUCUGGGGAGAUCCUCCCAUUCUUUUCUGCAGAUAUUCUCAAGCCCUGUCAGGUUGGAUGGGGAGCGUUGCUGCACAGCUAUUUUCAGGUCUCUCCAGAGAUGUUAGAUGGCUGGGCUGGGACAUUCAGAGACUUGUCCCGAAGCCACUCCUGCGUGGUCUUGGCUGUGUGCUUAGGGUCGUUGUCCUGUUGGAAGGUGAACCUUCUCUCCAGUCUGAGGUUCUGAGCGCUCUGGAGCAGGUUUUCAUCACGGAUCUCUCUGUACUUUGCACUGUUCAUCUUUGCCUCGAUCCUGACUAGUCUCCCAGUCCCUGCCGCUGAAAAACAUCCCCACAGCAUGAUGCUGCCACCACCGAGCUUCACCCUAGGGAUGGUGCCAGGUUUAGUCCAGACGUGACACUUGCCAUUCAGGCCAAUGAGUUCCAUCUCGGUUUCAUCAGACCAGAGAAUCUUGUUUCUCAUGGUCUGAGAGUCUUAAGGUGCCUUUUGGCAAACUCCAAGCGGGCUGUCAUGUGCCUUUUACUGAGGAGUGGCUUCCGUCUGGCCACUCUACCAUAAAGGCCUGAUUGGUGGAGUGCUGCAGAGAUGGUUGUCCUUCUGGAAGGUUCUCCCAUCUCCACAGAGGAACUCUGGAGCUCUGUCACUGACCCUCGGGUUCUUGGUCACCUCCCUGACCAAGGCCCUUCUCCCCCGAUUGCUUAGUUUGGCCGGGCGGCCAGCUCUAGGAAGAGUCUUGGUGGUUCCAAACUUCUUCCAUUUAAGAAUGAUGGAGGCCACUGUGUUCUUGGGGACCUUCAAUGCUGCAGACAUUUUUUGGUAACCUUCCCCAGAUCUGUGCCUCGACACAAUCCUGUCUCGGAGCUCUAUGGACAAUUCCUUCGACCUCAUGGCUUGGUUAGUGCAGCUCGAUGCAGCUUCAAAGUCUAGCCCUCCACAAUACAAUAGCCUGAGUGGUGAGCUUUUCUUCAAAUGCAUUUCUUAAUCAGAUCAGAAAUAAAUCUUGACGGUUUGUGUCCUGUUUCUCUCUGAAGACAGUAACCUACUGAUUAAUAUGUUUUGGUGUUCUCCACUGUCCUUGCGCUAUAGAGGGAGCACUGGGUUGAGUUAAGUGGGUACAGAGCAUCUGUCUGCAUGAAAACAACUCUGGGACAAAGCACUGGGAGAAUCCCACUACUCUAUCACCACCAGCCAGAUUUCAGCAUUUGUUCAGUCAAAAAUCGCUAUUUCAAAUAGACUUUCAAACAUCUAUUUCUGACGAUUCCCACUUGAUAGCUAUUACACAUGCUGAGAGACAAAGCUGAGCUAGCGCUGUACAACAUGAUGUUACUAUAAUCACAAUAAAAAGACAGAACACAAAACUAAUAGUGAAACUUUCACUUUCAGUUGAAAACACAGUGAUAAGACAAUACAGCUCAUCAAGAAAACGAAAUAGUAGAUAGAUCAUUCAGUGCAACCAAUGACGGCUCCCAGUCCCCUAAUCCAACCAUAAGACAUAAUCUCUUCUCAUCUAAGAUAUAUACUGAUUACGGCAUUCAUAUUAGGAAGUCACACUGAUAUAUGUAAUAACUAGGUUCUCUCUGUGUUGCAGUUGUCCAGCACAUCAAGAGGCACAACAUAGUGCUGAAGAGGGAGUUGGGAGAGGGGGCGUUUGGGAAGGUUUUCCUGGCCGAGUGCUACAACCUGUCUCCUGAGCUCGAAAAAAUCCUGGUGGCUGUCAAGGUAACCCAGCUCUUUCAAGUCUAUCACAACCCACUGUAGGCUACAUCAUUUGGCCAAUUUCCAAAUGGACCUCUAGACUCUACCCCCUAGAUACUCCUGUAGGAAAAUCGGCCAAUGGCCUGCUUCCACCAAGAAUUCCAGCAUUCAAAGUAUGUGGUGAAAUUAGAUCUUAUAGGAGAGUUUUCAUUAAAAAAACAUGGCAUGGGAGAGAACCCCUUCCCCAUGACUUCCUGUCCUUCCUGUGUCCCACCACAUUCUAAUUGUGAAGUGGGGCUUGAGUGGCAGGGCAGUAUGUCCUGUAUCUACAAGAAACCUGCCAUUGAAGAUGAUAGAUUUCCGAGUUGCUGCUUCUACGGUCUAACAUACUCAUAUCCACUAAUGGUAGUAGUUUUACAAGCAAACAUUGGACAGGCAUGCUGCCAUAUAGGCUAAGCUUCCAUGUUUAUGGUCAAACUCACAAGGGAGCCAUCGAUCACGAUACGGAACAGAGUGACAUUAGCUAAUGCGUUGGCAGUCAUGCAAAGAUGCUAGCAGUCACACAGGCGAUUCAAUGCUCCAACGUUCCGGCGAACAUACAGUGUCAUAGGUAAAUCACAUUCAGGGGUGAGUUUCCUGAAAUCUUUGUAGCUAAUUUGGCACUUUUAUUCCUCUGAACAACCCAGCCCCAAGAAAGUAACAAUGCCAAAUCAAUGUUUAGCGGUCAAUCUUCUAUAUGUGAAUGAACUUCAGAAUUUGUCAAAGCACUUUAAUGUUCUUGUAGUGGCGUGGGUCUGGGUCGUUAAGAGAAACAAAGUACCAUGUCAGCUCUGAAACUCAUCCAUUUCCAGUUCUGUUCUGAUCAAAUUGACGAGUUCUGUUUCCUGAAAUCUAAUUGGUUGAAGAUGGGGGUGGAGGAAUCUAUUUUUCUGCCAUCUCAGCGUUCUAGCUGGGGGUCAGAACAGAGGGUCAUCCUUUGGCUUCCUUAGCUCUCUCCUGUUCCUAUUACAUUUCCUGAAACACUCUCUCUCUCUCUCUCUCUCUCUCUCUCUCUCGCCUCUGCACUUAAAUCGCUAUGACAGAUUUCAUGAUUUACGAUCACUAAUGCAAAGAUCAGAACACGAGAACUAACCACACUACUUCUGUAAAUAAUACUGAGCUUGCUGUACAUAAGUAUACAACAUCUCUGCUUGGUCAUUACCAAUAAGCUAAAAUUGUGGGCUAUGGUUAAGUUCCUAUAACUCACUUUUACUUUAAGAGUUACUUAUGUCUGCACUUGGUGGACUUGAGCCAAAAACAUCUUGUGGCAGAAUAUUCCCCUCCCAGUAAAAAUGUAUUGCCAGUAAGUAGUCUCCAUGCACAGUGUGCAAAAUGUUUAAGUAUGAUGUUUUCGGUGUCUAAAAAACUCAGUUCUGAGUAAACAUAGGUAGUAACCUGUGUGCGUGUGUGUGUUUGUGAGUUCAGACCCUGAAAGAGGCCAGUGAGAAUGCAAGGAAGGACUUCCACCGGGAGGCCGAGUUGCUGACCAACCUGCAGCACCAGCACAUUGUCACGUUCUACGGUGUGUGUGUGGAGAGCGACCCCCUCAUCAUGGUGUUUGAGUAUAUGAAGCACGGGGACCUCAACAAGUUCCUCAGGUAAACCAUUCUGUGGGCAUGUUCAUAUUAGGGCCCAAUUCAGACUUAGGCAAUUUACGCCUUUCCUACGCACGCCUUUCCUACGCACUUCUCAGUAGGUGGUAUUCAGACUUGCCUUAUGCAUUUGUGUAACGGGCUUUGCAGGCGUGGUUCCCUUGCGCACUGAAGACAUUUAAUUCAACUGCUGAAAACUCUCCCACUUGCUGGCCAACAGAUUUUCUCCUGGAGUUUUAAUUCAAUAGGGUUUUCAGUACAUUUACCUUAAGCCAUCCCUUUAAAUACGGUGUAUCUUUAAUUUUAUCGACAGACUCACUAAAAUACAUAGAGAGAACAGGUUCAGAAUAUUAGGGAUCAAUGAAAGAAAGCCAUCUAAAUAUAUGCAUAUUCAUCUCAGUUUCAGCACCAACUGGUAGAUUAAAAAAUACUCUGAUCUUGUAGAUUAUUUAGGCAAAUUUUGGGGUUAGAAAAGAAUGUAUGAAUCAUAAAAAAAGCCUUUAUGCACAAAAUAUAUUGAUGAAUCCAAAAUACAGUGGCUUGAUUCAUCCUGAAAGUUGUCAUAUUCAAGUUCAAACCAUGAAAUAUUGGAAGGUAGAAAGCAGUGUACAAUAAGGGUUGAACAAUAGUCCUAGAAAUCUACCCUAUUCCUCACUAAUCAUGGAACUGUAUGACAACGGUCCAGUCGUCGUGAACCGUGCACCAGGCUCCAGGUUUAACAUUCUAGGUGUGGUUUGAGUUCCAUAAUGAUUCAAAUAGGCUACAUGUCCCAAAUUAUUGCACAACGUUUAGCCUAAUAGGAUCCACUAAUGCUAGCGAGCUUCAAGAACAACUACAUGGACAUGACAGAGGAAAGAAAGGUAAACUGAAUGGACCAUUAUAAAUGUAUGUGGGUAUUACUGACGGUGGCUCCCGAUAGUGGCUACUAUUUAACAUGAUACAAAUUGUAAAAUAAAAUGGAGAAAAACCCGGGCAUAUAAUUAAAACAUUCUAAACUGCAUACAUCAACUUGGCAGUGUCGGCCCCACAGAAACCCAUAGCUUGGAUCUCCAAAUUUCAUCCACACAAAUUAUGAGGGCAUACAAUACAAAUUCUGAAUAACGGCACAGCUAUUUAUACCCUACUUCACUGUGGAAAAGGGGCCGCAAUACAUGUCAUGUUGAUAUGAUUUUCAGUUUGCUUCCAUAUGACUGGUUUCUCAUUCGUCUCCUGAGAUCAUAAGGAAAAAUCAUCUAAAACAAUUGCUAUGUGUAUUUACAAUCCACUUCUCCAAACGGAUUACUCAUUUACCUAGCUCUUAUCAAUAGCUCCUAUCAAUUUAUAAAUUGCAGUGCAUGGAGAAUGCUGUUACUUACAGUUGAAGUCGGAAGUUUACAUACACCUUAGCCAAAUACAUUUAAACUCAGUUUUUCACAAUUCCUGACAUUUAAUCCUAGUAAAGAUUCCCAGUUUUAGGUCAGUUAGGAUCACCACUAUAUUUUAAGAAUGUGAAAUGUCAGAAUAAUAGUAGAGAGAAUGAUUUAUUUCAGCUUUAAUUUUUUUCAUCACAUUCCCAGUGGAUCAGAAGUUUACAUACACUCAAUUAGUAUUCGGUAGCAUUGUCUUUAAAUUGUUUAACUUGGGUCAAACAUUUCGGGUAGCCUUCCGCAAACUUCCCACAAUAAGUUGGGUGAAUUUCGGCCCAUUCCUCCUGACAGAGCUGGUGUAACUGAGUCAGGUUUGUAGGCCUCCUUGCUCGCACACGCUUUUUCAGUUCUGCCCACAAAUGUUCUAUAGGUUUGAGGUCAGGUCUUUGUGAUGGCCACUCCAAUACCUUGACUUUGUUGUUCUUAAGCCAUUUUGCCACAACUUUGGAAGUAUGCUUGGGGUCAUUGUCCAUUUGGAAGACCCAUUUGCGACCAAGCUUUAACUUCCUGACUGAUGUCUUGAGAUGUUGCUUCAAUAUAUCCACAUAAUUUUCCUUCCUCAUGAUGCCAUCUAUUUUGUGAAGUGCACCAGUCCCUCCUGCAACAAAGCACCCCCACAGCAUGAUGCUGCCACCCCCGUGCUUCACGGUUGGGAUGGUGUUCUUUGGCUUGCAAGCAACCCCCUUUUUCCUCCAAACAUAACGAUGGUCAUUAUGGCCAUCCACGAAUAGCGGGUUAAUAGCAUGCUAUUGUCAUGCUUAAGUUAAAGGUCCGAAUACGCAUAGAGAGAUAAAUGCAUAAAAGAGAUAUACGUUCCAUUUCCGCGCGCUUAAAGCUGCACUUUGCCAUUUCCUGGUACACAAAAAUUCUAACAGUUUGCCUAAUUUCAGUUUAUGUGACAAAACAAGCAAGUAUAGUGUAGAGAAUCAUUGUACCAUUUAAACUGCUGUGAAAUGUAUUUUCCAUAACCAAAAAUAUUGUAUUUUUAGCUGUUUGAAGCUGGUGCACCAAACCUAAAGUACAAGACGCAAAAACGAUACUUAAGAAUGGGAAGCAUAGAAAUAACACACAUAGAACAGAUCUACAGCUUCUUAGACUUGCUUUCAAUGAGAAAGACAGAUCUAUAACUCACAUUUCUAUGUGAAUUUGGUCGGGUCGCCCAAAAAGUUAGAUAUUGCAGCUUUAACUCGGGUCGGAAUUCCUCCCCCUACUACAUAAAAGCCCAGUAAAUCUCUAUUGACUGAGGUUUGUCAUGAUCUAUUUCAAUGAAGCCAUUACAGGAAGUGAGUUAAAACUCCCAACGCAAAUGUAUAAAUAAAGUUGAAAAUGAAUGUCACCUUUCAGGUUGUGAUUCGGAAUUUCAAUGGAAUUCCUCUCCCCUCCUCUCAUUCCGUAGGGCUCACGGUCCCGACUCCGUGAUGAUGGGUGACGGUCCGACCAAUAGGCCCGUGGUACUGACCCAGUCCCAGAUGCUGCACAUCGCCCAGCAGAUCGCUGCAGGCAUGGUCUACCUGGCCUCCCAGCACUUUGUCCACCGAGACCUGGCCACACGUAACUGUCUGGUGGGAGAGAAUCUGCUGGUGAAGAUCGGUGAUUUCGGCAUGUCCCGAGACGUGUACAGCACGGACUACUACAGGGUAAGUGUAUGUGUCGCCCUCUUUUUUCUUGGCCCACUACUACUUCCCUUUGCAUGGGCCUCACUCUCUCCCUGCAUGGGCCUCACUCUCUCCCUGCAUGGGCCUCACUCUCUCCCUGCAUGGGCAUGAAUCGAUCAGUAGGCCCUGGGCCUGGUAUGUUUAAUAGCUAGAAGAAGAAAGCUGCAUAGAGCAGUGUUUCUCAACAGUCUAUGUCUGCCUAUGCCUCAGAACUGCUUCAAUAUUAUUGAAUUGGUACCAGCUAACUAACUAACCAAGUAUUUAACUAACUGAUUGAUUGGUCGGUCAGCAACAACAUCCUCUAUGGACUGUCCCGAACGGGAGUUUGAGAAACACUGCAGAGGCCUUAUACGUAGAUGUCAGUGUAUAGAUGUCACAGACCCUGUCUCUUCCACACAUUCUCCACCCUGCUUCCCUGCCUCCCCCUCUCUUUGAUUUCACUAUUAGUGUGUGACAACAUACAACUGCUAUCCACCUCCCCACACCGCCCACACCUCCCAGACACACACACACACCCUCUCAGUAAAGUUAACCACUGGAGGAGUCGCCAUAGCAACGGGCAAAGGCAGCACAGAGCAUAAGUUAUAUCAGACAGUCCCUAUGAAAAAAAGUAAUUAAAGAACUUAUAUUAGUAUGCAGCUCCACUACUAGAGAGAGUGAGAGCGAGAGAGAGUGAGAGAGAGAGAGAGAGAGAGAGAGAGGAGAGAGAGAGAGAGAGGAGAGAGAGAGAGAGAGAGAGAGAGAGAGAGAGAGAGAGAGAGAGAUGGGGAGAUAAGGGGCAAGUGAAAUAAAUCAACACAAAUAAAGAUGCAAGAGAGGAGGGGUACAAGAGAAAAGAGAAGAGAAGGGGGGCUUCAGAGUGGAGAGGUUGAGAGAAGGAGAGUGUGGAGAGAGACAUGAGAAAGGAGAGAGUAGCCAAUGAUAGAUAGAGAUAUGCAGAGAAAGAGACUGAGAGCUGUUUUCCCCCAAGAGUUCGGUGAAAGAAUGAUGAACAUUGAUGUCAUAGGAGGGAUCAGAAGGUAGACCAGCACAAGUUGCUUCCUGUCUAGGGAUGAUGCCUGACAGUGGCUGCAUUUGAAAUGGUACCCUAUUCACUAUAGUGCCCAGUGAUGUCACAUUGCGCCCUUCCAGGGCUUUGAUGGACAGCUGCGGAAACCAACCAACCAUCCAACCAACCCACCCACCCACCCCAGAGCAGCCUCUUUUAUAAUUUAUCUUUAAUCCACAUGAAUACAAAAUCUGUAUGCUCUUUAACUACAGACCGACUGAUAAAAAACAGGAAUUCCCAGUAGAAUGACCAUCUCCAUAGAAACACAUGGAAAUUCAGUUCAGUCUACUGGAACAAGGAGGAGGAGGAGUCUCCUAGUGAAACCCCUCCCACGCAGCCAGUCUAAAGCAUCCCAAAAGCUCUCUUUCAAACCCGCCUGGUUGCCAUGGAUACCGUGGCCUCUAAACUCUUAAUUCACAAUUCCUCGUUUUCUUCUUCUUUGAGGUUUUCUGGCACAGACAAGCAGUGGGUUAGUUAUUUAUGAAUAUUUAUAAGUCUGAGAGCAACAUGAUUUUACCGUCUGACUUCAAUAUUCAACAUAUUUCCAAGGGGGGAUAAAAGUCAAAACUCUGCGGUUAAGUUUAGGCCUUCAUUCCGACUGGUUAAGGUAAGGGUUAAGGUUGGGAUAGGGUUCAAAUAAAAAUUUAAAUAAACUAGUGCCUAGCACUGGGAUUGAACCCACGAUCCUCAGAGCCGUAGCUCGCAUUUUAAGCCCUUCCUCUAUCCCCACCUACAACGCCCUAGCAAGCCGAGAGCCUACUAGAUGAUAUUGUUAAUAGGUGCUCAUGUUGCCACUAAGAAUACUGAAGUGGAUCUGCUGUGACCUGGCUGGAGAGAGCGAGAGAGAGAGAGAUAGAGAGUUUCGGAUGGUGAAAGAUAGUCUCUCUGGUCACUCAGAAUAUUGAGCUCUAAAAACCAUUGGGCCCUCUGAACAGGCUAGUAAAACUCCUUCUCUUAAUAUUUAAUGAACUCAGGAUGUUAAGAACAAUUAAUCAGGGGCUUUUCUACCUCACAAAGUAACACACAUUCACACACAGAGAAACACAAACAAGCACACACACUGAAACACACUCACGCAUGCACAUAUACGCACACAUACAUUUGGAAAGUAUUCAGACCCCUUGACUUUUUCCACAUUUUGUUUCAUUACAGCCUUAUUCUAAAAUUGAUUCAAUUUGUUUUUUUCCUCAUCAAUCUACACACAAUACCCCAUAAUGACAAAGCAAAAAUAGGUCUUUAGAAUAUUAAAUACUGAAAUAUCACAUUUACAUUGGUAUUCAGACCCUUUACUGAGUACUUUGUUGAACCACCUUUGGCAGCGAUUACAGCCUCGAGUCUUCUUGUGUAUGAUGCUACAAGCUUGGCACACCUGUAUUUGGGGAGUUUCUACCAUUCUUCUCUGCAGAUCCUCUCAAGCUCUGUCAGGUUGGAUGGGGAGCGUCACUACACAACUACUAUUUUCAGGUCUCUCCAGAGAUGUUCGAUCGGGUUCAAGUCCGGGCUCUGGCUGGGCCACUCAAGGACAUUCAGAGACUUGUCUCGAUGCCACUCCUGCGUUGUCUUGGCUGUGUGCUUAGGGUUGUUGUCCUGUUGGAAGGUGAACCUUCGCCCCAGUCUGAGGUCCUGAGUGCUCUGAAGCAGGUUUUCAUCACGUAUCGCUCUGUACUUUGCUCCGUUCAUCUUUCCCUGCCACUAGUCUCCCAGUCCCUGCCGCUGAAAAUCAUCCCCACAGCAUGAUGUUGCCACCACUGAGCUUCAUCGUAGGGAUGGUGCCAGGUUUCCUCCAGACGUGACGCUCGGCUUUCAGGCUAAAGAGUUCAAUCUUGGUUUCAUCAGAUCAGACCAGAUAAUCUUGUUUCUCAUGAUCUGAGAGUCCUUUAGGUGCCUUUUGUCAAACUCCAAGCGGGCUGUCAUGUGCCUUUUACUGAGGAGUGGCUUCCGCCUGGCCACUCUACCAUAAAGGCCUGAUUGGUGGAGUGCUGCAGAGAUGAUUGUCCUUCUGGAAGGUUCUCCCAUCUCCACAGAGAAACUCUGGAGCUCUGUCAGAGUGACCAUCUGGUUCUUGGUCACCUCCCUGACCAAGGCCCUUCUCUCCUGAUUGCUCAGUUUGGCCGGGAGGAAGAGUCUUGGUGGUUCCAAACUUCUUCCAUUUAAGAAUUAUGAAUUUUUAAUACAUUUGCAAAAAUGUCUAAAAACCUGUUUUGCUUUGUUAUUGUGGGGUAUUUUGUGAAGAUUGAUGAGGAAAAACAUAAAUUUUAAUCCAUUUUAGAAUAAGGCUGUAACGUAACAAAAUGUGGAAAAGGUAAAGGGGUCUGAAUACUUUCCGAAUGCACUGUACACACACACACACACACACACACAAACACACACACACACACACACACACACACACACACACACACACACACACACACACACACACACACACAGAGAGAGACAUAAACACAAGCAAGCACAUACACACACACAAGCAACAAGCACACACACAAACACAAAAAGUGGAGACACUAAGAUCAGGAGCGCAGCAUUAAUAUUUCAAACUAAACCUCACUAACUAAAUGAGACACUCACUGGAUGUUGGCGUCAACCCCACUUGACCGUGAAUCCAUCGCAACAAUCAUACACACACAGUAUAUUUCCUUGGAAACUCAAGUGGGGUUUGAGUUAUGUGAAAACACUUAAAGUGAAUUAUGUGUUGAGGAGGAGGAAAGCGCCUUUGAGAAGGCGGACUAGAGCUAGAUUGGUUUUCACAGAAAAACACACACCGGUGAUGACUAUCUCUUGGCUUUAAUGGACUGGUAAAGUAAAGGCCACUCUGACGGAGAGAGGAAGAGACCAUUCCGGGCUGAGUGGGCGGCAGACAGCAGUGGCCAGUCACAACUUCCUGUCUUGCACAGUGUCUGGGACAGUACAACUUUAGCUUCAGUCCUAGGCAUUCAAAAGUCCACCUGUAUUGCAGCACAGUAAUAAAGUGGAUGGAACUGCACCGUCAGGGUCAGGGACAUAUUUCAGAAAUGUAUUUUAUUACAUGGGUUAUUGUUAGAUGAUUGCUUGUUUGUGACAUUAACUAUGUACCUUGCUGCAGUAAGGCAUUUUGAAAAACUGAGCAUAACCUUUUAGUGCUCAGAACUAUAUUUGUCUGUGUGUUAGACACAACAAUUGGACAAACAAUGUACCCUAUUAUUUUACCAUUUGUCGUUUUAAAUAACUAUGUUUCUUUUAUGUUUAUUUUGUUUGCACUUUAUUUUAGGGUACUGUUUCAAUCAGGGGUUGGAACCAAAAUUAUUUUCCAAUCAUUUCGUUCUGAACAGAACCAUUCUUUUUUUUUGUUCCAUUCUACUGUUCCGACCAGCAAAAUACAAUACUGAACCGAUUCGAACCAAAAAAAAGUAACGGUUUAUAUAAUUCCUUUCUGUUCCUUUUUAACCUCUGAAAUAUAAAUAUUUUUUAUUCAUUUAGCUCAACAUUAAAUUACUUCACCAAUCAGUGAGGAUAGACUAGCUUUAGCUUGCUAUGUAGCGGGCAAGCUAUAGUUGUUUAGCCUACAUGCAUUGGACAGACAAAUGUAGGGCGCGAGGGUGAAGGAGAAGGCUUGGCUUGAAGCGCUGGGCGUCUUGUUAUGACAUUCAUUUUCUGAAUUAGGCCCACAGAAUUAUCUACGGAGGAGCGGCUUCUAUAAACAAACUUUGAAUGUCUUUGAACUUCCGAGAGUUUGCUUAACAGUGGACCCAAGCUUGUGUGUGUAGAACGGCACCAGAAUAAAAAUAAAAACCUAUCUUAUCUUUUUGUAGUUAAUAAAUCCAGUGUGAAAUGUGAUAAAUAUAGUAUCCUUAACUAGCAUUGAAAAAGUUAAUCCAUUCUUCUCUAAUAAAAAAUCGCACUCCCUAAUUUCUGAAUUAUGCUUGUAACUUCACUAGGCUACAGUAGCCUAUGUUUCGUAGGGGGAGGGGCAGGUAGCCUGCACACACACUGGCAAGGGCUUUGCAUAGGCGCUUUGUUGCGUUUUUCUGUGGGACUGGAAAACAAUGCCCGGAAUGUAAUUUGCAGGUCAUUAAUGUUUAAUUACCAUUUUACCAAGUAGUUUCACUGAAAAUAUCUUGUCAUUUCUGUACUGUUCAAAUAAAGCGUCCAGGCUGACUGUGUGUAUGUGUGUGUGUUGGUGUUGUAGGUGGGCGGUCACACCAUGCUGCCCAUUCGCUGGAUGCCUCCAGAGAGCAUCAUGUACAGGAAGUUCACCACGGAGAGCGACGUGUGGAGUCUGGGCGUGGUCCUCUGGGAGAUCUUCACCUACGGCAAACAGCCCUGGUACCAGCUCUCCAACAACGAGGUCUGUCUCACCUCUAAGCUAACCUUAACCCUAACCCCAACCCCAACUCCAACUCUCUGA